AUGCAUAGAAACGCAAAGUUGACAUUUUAUUCGCGGAGCAAAACAAUGACGACGAAUACUCGGAAAGAUAUUGUAUAUGUUGUUGUUGAUCUUUGGCCACUAGCAGAUAAAGCUGAAGAUGUGAAAAAGAUUCUGUAUGAUACCAUUGCCGAAGCAAAAAAAGAACGAACAUGCUUGAAAUAUGAAUUAUGUGAAAAUUUAACUGACAAGUCUCAAAUUACACUUCUACAAGCAUGGUCUACUGAACAAGCUUUGGAUCAGCAUUUAACAAGUGAAGUUAUUAAUAAAGCGAGUGAAGAACUUCGCCGUCUUCUCUCAAGACCUACAGAAAUUCGACGGUAUAAGAAUAUUGGUUAA